AUGCCGCCAGCUGAGCCAGCACAGGGCAAACGCAAGCUGCCAGAGCCUCCAGAGGCGAUGGUGACCCCGGACAAGAAGAUCAACGUGCCCACGGGCUCCACGGGGUCGUCAGCCCGCCGCAUCCUGUUUAACAACAAGAAACAUCGGGAGCUGCCGGAUGCCGCCGUACUUGAGGGCGAGGAGUUCGAGGAGGUUGAUAGCAGGAGCCGGCUUUGUCCCCCAGUGACCACUGGAGCAUGUCCUGUGGGCGAAGCGACUCACCUGCCCAGCAGUGGCCACCUGCGCGCAGCUGCAGCCAGCCUCUUCGGGCAUAUGCCAAAAGCACAGCAAGUGGGAGAAUACUUUCAAGCAGCCGAGCAACAGGUCCGACAAAGGUUCCAGGACCGCUGGAGCGUCGACGCCCAUACCGGCAGACCUGUGGAGACUGGGCGCUGGCAGUGGUCCGUCAGCUGUAUUUUGCCCGGAGGGAAUAUGCAGCCCUUCACCUAG